AACAACAACAACAACAACAACAACAACAACAACAACAACAAACAGGAAAGAGUAUAUCGACUUACCGAAAUGACAAGAUCUUCGUGACUCACCACCACCACCACCACCAUCAUCAUCAUCAUCAUCAGCCUUCAACAUGUGGGCCGUGGCUAAGGAGCGCGGGCGUGGGCGUGGGCGUCCGUGGUGGGCGUGGUGGCAGGGCGUGGUGAGCUGCGGCCUGCUGCUGUGGGCGGCCCUGCUUCUGCUACCCUGCUGUGUGUCUCCUGCUGGCGCUGAAGGGACGCAGUGUGGCCGGCCGGGGCGUCCUGUCAACGGUACUGUCUCCACCUCGGGACGGUUCUACUUUCCUGGCGAGCAUGUGGCCUACAAGUGUCUGGAGGGCUUCGUGCUGUUUGGCCCUGAGGAGCGAACCUGCCUCAAAAACGGCUCCUGGAGCGAGGACGUGCCCCUGUGUGACUUCAACCUGGCCAGAGGGAAGCGAGCCCUACAGAGCGCCACCCUUUGGUCCUACGUGCCCGAGAUGGCUGUAGACGGGAAUUCAGACACCUGCUCCUUCACGCCCCGCGGCCCCGACCCUCGCUGGUGGCAGGUGCACCUAGGACACAAAUUUAACGUGAUCACCGUCGGGGUCACCAUCAGCCCAGGGUCAGUGCAGGAGUUUACCAUCUAUGUGAUUGAGCUCCUGACAGACAACAAGGCACUCUACAAGCCCUGCACCACUUUCAAGGGGGUGUUCCAGACGCGCAAGGCUCUGUUCCACUGCAAUGACGGACUGGGGCACCCCGGCCAAUUUGUCUACAUCAGGGACGACAGGAAGGACCAGGAAACUUUUGGCUUGUGUGAGGUGGAAGUGUUUGCCUUCAGAGAGCGCAUACCGUGUGGAGAACCUGAGGUGCCUGUGGAAGGGGAGGUGGAGAGGGAAGGAGAAGGCAAGGCACGGUACUCCUGUCGGCCGGGAUUCAGACUGGAGGGAGAUGAGGUGAUGACUUGCUCAUCCAAAGGCAAAUGGCAGGGACAGUCACCCAAAUGUAAAGAGUCACAGUGCCCCACACCGGCCCAGAUCAACAACGGCUUCAUGGAGGUGGCCAACUUCAGGGGCGUGUAUGGCCAUGGCACAGUAGUCACGUAUACCUGCAGUCCAGGGUACCGCCUUGUGGGGGCCGCCUCUCACACCUGCAACCACACCGGCCAGUGGAGUGACAACCCACCCAUGUGUAAAGCUGUGACAUGUGGGCCCCCUCCUGUGUUUAGCAAUGCCCGGCACAUCCUGCUCAACUCCUCAACAAGUUGGAACGGCAUUGCUGUGUAUACCUGCACUGAUGGAUACCGGCUUCACACAGACACUAAGGACACUGUCACCACCUGCCUGGAGGAAGGGAAGUGGCGGGCCGUCAACGUGACCUGCGUGCCCAUUGAAGCCCCCAGCUCACCCCCACUGGCUGGCCUGAGGGAGGGGGAGGGCCGGGCUCUCUCCUUUGACCUGGCACAGAUACCCCAAGGAGAGACGCAGGGCACACAGGGGCUGGUGGUGGCGCUGGCAGUGGUGGCGGGGCUGCUCACGGCAGCCAUGUUGGUGGUGGGGACGCUGCUAGCCCGUCGACAUCUCUCCUCCUCUUCAGGGUCUCUCCGUUCGCUUGUCAAGGCAUCCCACAGCAAGGAGUCUGCCAUGAACGGAGGCAUCGUAGGCCCCCAGCACCCGUCCUUUUCCCCGGCAGGUAGCAGCAUCACUCUGGGUCCCACCGAUGCUGAGGACCCUCCCCCCCCUACAGACACCCUCAGGUCCUCUCUCUACCAGCAGAACCUCCUCAACCUGCCCCUCCAGCCUCAUCCACAGAUGACCUCCAUUACAGAGUCUGAACUGGAUGACGACCCUAACUAUGCACACAUCAUCGGGGGCCACGAGCCGCCCUACGAGAGGGUGCGGAACCGCUCGGAGCACAGCUACGAGACACUGCGCAAGAAGUCCAUCCCCUCAGACCUGGAGAGUGAUGCGGAGAGUGUGCGGGAUGAGCAGCAGGACAAGGACAGCGACGGGUACGAGUCGGUAUCCAAGGACAGGGAGCCGAGCUAUGAGGCGGUGGAGGGCAGCCACCACGACUACGAGACCCUCAAGAACAAGGACCCCGGCUAUGAGGUGGUGCAGAGCGGUCAUGACCAUGGCUAUGAGACCGUCGCAGAGGCCGGCCGCCCCCCACACAGCUACGAGACCCUCAAGCCCCGCCCUCCACCCCCCAGGACUGAGAGCCAGUCCUCCACCUCCACCCCCACCUCUCCAUCCUCUCUUGAGGCUGAGCCAGUUCCUGACAUCCUGCAGGACCUCACGGCCAUGGCGGGGGCGGAGGGCAUCCCGCCAGAGAUCCAGGCCCUCUAUGCACGCGUGGACAAGAGUAAGAAGAAGUCCAGGAGACUCCCAGCCACUCUGAAGGGAGGUGGAGAGGGCCGCACCUCCCCUCUCACCCCCCCACAGUCCCCCAUCUCCACUGCCUCAUCCACACUCUCCUCUUCCUCCACCAAAGAUGCCUUCCCUCCGGAGAGAGGGAGUGACGGGGGCUCUGGCCCCCCCAGUGCAACCAAAGACCUCAUCCGCAAGUUCAACCGCCUCAACAGUGAUGAGGAGUCUGGCCAGUCCCAGCCCAGGAGUCGGCAAGGCAGCGUGGCCAGCGACACCGGCAGCCUCAGACCCCUGCCGCCCCUCCCUGGCAGCCCCCGCGCAGGCCCCCCACUCACACCCUGCUAGCCAUCACCUCAAUAUGUUACCCAUAAUCUGUAUUAGUUACCAGAGUGUAUAACUUGGACACCAUAUAUCUAUCUGUCUGUCUAUCUGUAUGUCAGGCUGACCUCCCAGCCAUAUAUAGUUAAGUUAAAGGGUUAAAUACUCAGUACUCUACAUAAUCUAUUGAUAUAUAUUUUAUAAUCUAUGAUAUAUAUAUUAAUGAGAAGAAAUACAAUAAUGUCUACCUGUAAGACAUCCUAACCUACAGAUAAUUAGUAUGCAUUAAUUUGUUAUGUGAUAUGUGUCUUGGUCAUGUUAAAGUCUGCAGGCUAAAAACAAUAACUCAGGAGUCACCAUCUUCCCUUUGUAAUAAGAGUACAGUAUUGUCAUCUUGUGUGUGUGUGUGUGUGUGUGUGUGUGUGUGUGUGUGUGUGUGUCAUGUCUGAGUGCAGUAUCAGGACAGUGACACCAGGAGAUAGGCUAUUUGUGUAUCUAUAUAUCAAACAAGGUUACAAGACACUCAUCCUCCAAUUUCCAAUUAUUGCUUUUGACUACUGUAUAGAAACAGGUGCCUCAGUGGGCCUUUUUUUUUUCUUUAUUUUUGUUACCCUUGGCCUAUACCUCUUACGUAAAAAAAACAAAAAACAAAAGAAAAUUAAUACAGAGUGGGGGAGACAAAGCACCACACACUCGUACACACAGCAUUACAUCACACUCAAAAGACAUUAGGCCAAGAUUUGAUCCAUCAGAAAAUUUUGCCAUAUGUUGAUGUUCAUAAUACAAAUGUUAAAGUGCACCCAAGGAAUGACAGUUUUCUUCGUUGUCUCAAGUUUCAGAAUCAAAACAUAUGAAAAUGGAAGCUUAGAAAAGAACAGACACUGAAAUAUAAUGUUUUUGUAAUAUAUAUUUUUAUACUCAACCAUAUUGUAUCAAAACUGUAUGUAUAUUCAUGUAUAUUCAACACUUAGCCUUAGACACUUGUGAUAUAUUAAUGUAUAAAUGUGUACAUAUUUAUUUCCACCAUGUCAGUCAGUCAGUCAGUCAGUCAGUCAGUCAGUGAAGUGUUGUGUAAUUCAUUUAUUCAACCAUUUUUCACAACAGUUACUUUUAAGAUAAUUUAUUCAUCAGUUUUUACUUUAACCAAUUCUUUCUUAACCUCAGCCUAAACUUCAGUUACUAAUAAUUUACUAUGUUUUCCCUUUUUAUUUCUUAAGUUCUCAUUUGUUAUUGUCUGAUGUCCUUGAUUUUGCUUUGUUUGACCUUGCAAUGUGGUUGUUCUACUUCUUCAGUCCUUGCUUGUGCUUCUCUGAUGUCUUUCAUUUGUCUACUAAGAAGGCUGUUCCUCUUCCUCCUGUCAUGACCCUUGUCCUUGAUACCUCCUUACAUUUCUUCCUGCUUUUUUUAAUCUAGUGAUCACCGCACUUCUUUUCAACUUUAUUACUUUCUUCACUUUUUAAUAUCCUUCCCUCUGAGCUCUACUUCUUUAAUUUCUUGUCUCAUGAAAUCCACAUAUUUUCUUUCAACUUCAUUUCUUGUUCACUUAAGUCUUACCUUUAAUGUUCCUUCUAGUAAGCUCCACCAGUACCCUUGUAAUUACACAAUUCAAUUGAUUUAAGCACUCCAUCUCUUUAAUUUCAAUUUUUCACCUAAUAAACUCCACCAACAUUCCUGAAAUUAUAGAAUCAGUUCAUUUAAACACUCCAUCUCUUUUACACUUAAUUUUUCACCUUAUGAACUCUUUCUAGACCUUUGAAAUCAUAAAACUGACUUAAUUUAGACACCAUUUUUUUUUCUCCUCACAAAAUCACCUCCCUCUUUACUCUACUUCUUCCUCCACUAAAGUCCUCUCAGAAUUUUCUUUCAGUUAGACCACUGUCCCCUUGUCAUAUCUAUCUACCUUUUGCCUUUCUCAUUUCCCACCUCCUUAUUCAUGUGCCUCUCUGACUUACUCCCAACCUACCCAGGCUCACCGACAGAUCAGCGCUUAGUUGUCAUUGAACCAACUCUUCCCAGGUUGCUGUAUAUGCAUUUCUAAAACUGUAAUUGCUUUGUGUAUGUGAAGGAAAUUAUUAGGGAUAUCUUGUGUAUGACUUGACAUGUGUAUAUGCCACAAAACAAUGCCAUUUAUUAAUA